ACACAUCUUAUCAAGGGUGUUUACAUUUCACACACGGCUCACAGGACUGCCUAGGUUAGUCGUUGAGCUUGCUUGCAGUCCAACACGAUCCGUAGAGCCGGUAGCUCUCGCCACGCCCUGGCACCGGAGGAAGACUAAAACGCCUAUUUGCUGGUCGGGAAAGCCACGUGCCUCAGUUCGUACGGGAAAAGCCAUUUCGUCGGACGUUUUAUCCCAAAAAAAUGUCAGUUCGACCGACCGAUUAGGUGAUGAGUAGUCUGAUUAGGGUCUCGGCCAUUGCCAAGUUUAAAACAGCUUCCCGAGUCUCGUAUUUCCCAAGUUUAGAAGAUGACGGAGGUUCUUUUCCGGAAUAGUUUCGUCUCUCCAGGAUGAUGUCGUCUCCAUCCCCCGUUUCGCCGUGUGUUUCGCCGUGUGUUUCGCCGUGCCGUUCGCGUAACAUCCGCUCGCUUUAUGAAAACGUAGGUCGCUAUAACGAAUCCACGGCAAACCGUAAUGCCGUCUCUCGCAAUGCUAGCAGCAGCAGCCGACGAUGACGCUCCCUCUCCUCGUUCCCCUCAGGCUGUUCCCGGUCCGCUCUCCCCAGCUCCCGGCGGCCGUCGUCGCCUCAAGCUCGACAAAGCCGGCCGGCCCGCUGUGCCUUGCGCCGCCACUAGCGGAGUCGCCAGUCGCGGGUUUUCCGGCGAGUUUGACGCCGGGGUUAAUGGCGCGUUUAGUGGCCAAUUUGACAGGGUAUUCAGAGACGAAGGGGGAAUUUACCCCCCUCCCCCGGGACUCCGCACUAGCGACCUCGAGAUUGCCGCGGAUGCGCUGCUAGAAGCGGACCCUGACUCCCCCACCGCCGCCGGCGCUGAUGCCUCCGCUUGCGCGGACGAUGACGUCAGCAUCGACAUUCCCGUUGACUUGGAUAGACUUUUCCGAAGAUGUGCUGAGCAGCAGCAAAUGCUGCGCGAGGCGGAAGCAAAGGGGGUGGGGGGGGGAACUGGCGGAGGGGGAGUGGGGGGAGAUGCUGCAAGGCACCUGUCUAUUUUGGCGGAAGCGGGAAAGCAGAGGAUAAACAAACUGUGGGCGGUUCUAGGGACAGGUGGUAAGGCUGCUCUAGGCGCAACAGGGGCUGUGUUCCCCUCGAGCGGGUCUAAGGGAAGUGAUGACUCUGAGGGGAGGGCGAAGGGGAGUAGGGGAGAAGGACGCGGGGAGGAGCAGGCCCAAACGGGAGCAGCAACUGCGACUGCUACUAACGAGUACAAAAUGAGGCAUUUCAGGAGCAAGUCAGUGGCCGAAGGGCGAGCAGAUCACGCUAGCCAAUCGGGGUCUGACACGUCACCAGGGAGGAAAGGCCGUCUCAGUGUCAGGAAUGACGGCGACAGCAGCAGCAGCGCUGCAAAUCCCGCUCACACUUCCACUCACACUCCCACUCACUCUCACUCUCACACUCCCUCUCAUGCUAAGUCCCCAGGCAUUUGGAAUCGAAAAUCUCUCACCUUCCACCACCACCACCAGCGCUCUAAAUCCGUCACCUCUGCUCCGUUGGAUUGCCGGACUGAGCUCGAUACGGACGAGAUCGCAUCACCGAGCCACAGCAGUGGGAGCAGCAGCGUGGCUGUUGGUAGCAGCCGAGGCGGGAACAGACUAGCAGCGGCAGCGGCAGCAGCACCAGGGCCAUCAACGGCAGCAGCAGCAGCAGCAGCAGCAGCAGCAGCAGCAGCAGCAGCAGCAGCAGCAGGAGGAGGAGGAGGAGGAGGAGCAGCAGGAGCAGGAGCAGCUCUGGACGAAUCAGUUCUGUCUGUUCUUAGGUUUGAGCCGAAUGCAGCAGCUGCUAGAAUGCGGGUAGAAUCUGCGAGCGGCGUGUUCCUCUUAUUAGACGCCACUACAGGGCAAAUUCUUGCUGCUAGCGAAGUAGCUACUAGGGAGGCUGGAGCGGCGGGGCCAGAGGCAAAUGAGGGAAUGGGAGACGGGAUGGGGAGAGAGGAACAGCAGCAGCAGCAGCAGCAGCAGCAGCAGGCGCUUGUGGGUCGGUCGAUGUUUGAGUUGACUAACGGCAAGAUGACUAUGGCGAACUGGCAGGCAGCAGUGGGGGCGCUGCCCCCCGACACAGUCACAGACAGCGUCAUCCUCAGAUUUCGAUUCACCCCUCUCGGUGGAGCCGCCACCUCUCUUGCUGCAAUCUCUCGAAGGAGCAGUGGCAGCAGCAACAGCAGCAGUGGCAGGGGUGGUGGUGGUGGUGCUGCUGCUGCUGGUGAGAGUGCUGGUGCUGGUGGCAGGGAUUGGAGAAGCAGCAACGCAGGGGGGGGAGGAGGGGCGUUGUGUGGGCGCAUUGUGGAUCUGCGGCUGAGACGCACUGCCUUACAGCAGGAGGAGCUGCCUCUGCUGGUGGGAAACAUACGCGCCUUCAGGAGAGAGGGGGAAGGGGAGGAGGGGAGGGGGGAGGGGGAGGAAGAAAGAGGGAGGGAGAGGGCAGGGGAGGGGAGGAGGAGAAGGCUGGUGGCUGGGGGGUAUGAGGAGGAAGAAGGAGAGCGGGGGAGGAGAAGAACGGUUGAUGAGGGUUUCGAGGAGAGAGCUGAAAGGGAAGGAAGGGAAGGGAAGGGUAUGAGAGAAGGGAGGGAAGCGGUGUAUGGGAAAGGGGGAGAGGCGAGGGGGCAAAGAGGGGGCCUGGAUCAUAGGCUGCAGGGGCAGAUGGGUCCACAGGAAGGACGGGGUUUUGUCAAUGGGCAGCAUAGGCAGGGUGGUGGUGAUAGUACCAGCGACGAGCAGGGUGGGGGGGGGGUUGAGAGCACAGACGACUACAGUGAUGAUGGUGAGGAGGAGAGUGGGAGCAGCGAAGGACGGCGAGAUUUGUAUCCCCGAGGCGUAGGUAGUAGUGCGGUUGAGAGCGGUGUGAGAGAAAGAGGGAGGGUGAGUGUGGAUGGGAGAGGGGAGGUGUGGAGGGAGAAAGAGGAGGUGAGGAGGAGGGGGAGACGACGAGGGUACAGUAUUGGAAGCCUGGAUGAGCUCUCAGAGCAAAAGCAGCACUUAGAAGGAGUUAGAGGGCCAGGGGUUGGGAAUGUGGACAGAAAAGGAGGGGGCAGGGUUGGUGUGAGUGCAAGGAGGGAUGAUGAUAGGGGGGUGGAGAGUGAAGGGGAAAGGGAAGGUAGGGUGUUUGAAGGGAGGUAUGGGACGGUGGGGAGGAAAGAUGGGGAGGAGGAGAAGGGGGGGAAGAAGAAAGGCGUGCCUUUGAGACUGGGACGGGGAGAGGAGGAAGAGUCUCAGGAGAGGAAGGAGAGGAGCGAGGAGAGGAGGGAUGAGAGGAGGGAGGAGAGGAGGGAGGAGAGGAGGGAGGAGAGGAAGGAUAGGUGGGAAGAGCGGGCGGUGAGGGGGGAGAGGGAGGAGAGGGGGGCAGAGGAUACAAGAAGGGCUACAGGGCACGGGGAUGGGCGCUCUAGUGUGUUGAGUGGUUCCAGUGUGCCUCCCUUUCUCAGGCACCUGAGAUCCAAGAGCUUGGUUGACCUCCCCCGGUGGAGGAGACAGAGGGGGGUGGGAGGAGACGGUAGAGAUGAUAGUACCGAUGUCAGUGGUGACGAUAGUGAUGGUGGUAGUACCGACGAUGAUGAUGAUGAUGAUAAUGAGGAUGAUGAUAACGAGGAUGAUUCUUCUGAUGAUGACGGCGAUAGCAGGGAGGGCAGCAAUGCAAGAAGGGGUCGUAGACCCGCUACUCCCACUGCUCGGGCCAGCAGCAGCAGUACCCCUGGGGCUGCCAGUGCUGCUGGUGCUGCCGGUGCUGCCGGUGCUGCCAGGGGGGCUAUCGACUUCACUCUUUCUCUCUUGGCUCGCCUCAGAACUCAAGCCUCCGCCUCCGCCUCCUCCCGCCCCCUAUUCAAGAAGAAACCGUGCAAGGAAGGUUCCGGGAAGAAGGCGAAACAGCAGGUGACGAUAAUUCGAGUGGAUACUAUUACUGGGGGGAAGAAGAUAAAAGGCAAUGGGGACGGUGGUGAUGGCAGGGGUGAGGAAGGUCGGGGCACUGUCGAGUCGACUCAGGAGCAGAUCAUUCGAGUGAAUACUGUCUCUGGUGAGGCUGGGAUGAGGAGUAAGGGGAGACGGGAUGGUGGUGGUGAUGGCAGGAGUGGUAAUCGGGAUGGUGGAGGUGGCAGGCGUGGUGGUGGCGCGAGUGGUGGUGAUGCCCGGACAGAGGAUUGCAGGGUUGAUGGCAGCAACCGCAGGCACAGCAGCAAAGGCGGCAGUGGCAGUCAGAGCAAGGCAGCACGAAGCAAAGAGAACAGAAGUAGCCAUGGCAGCAGUAGCAGGAAGGGUGUGGCGGGUGCUGGGGCCGUUCUUUGCAACGAUAGUGGUGGCGUGCAGAGAGGGGUGGUAGGGGGGGAAGGGGAACCGGGAGGGGAAAAAGCGGACCAGAGAGGGGGAGGAGGGGGAGGAGGGGGGGGAGGGGGGGGAGGGGGAGGAGGGGGAGGAGGGGGAGGAGGGGGAGGAGCAAGGGGGGGCGGGGGACGAGGCGGACGAGGAGGGGAAAGGGGAGAAGCAGGGACUAGAGGGGGGAAUGCUGAAGCAACUUCUUCCGUCGCCAGUGCUGCGAAUGUCGGUGCUGGUGGGGCCUCAGGGGAAGCAAGGCGAUUAUCCAUGGAACAACAGAGCAGAGUGGUGGAAGGGAGGGAGUGCGAGAAAGACAGGCAGAAGGAGAAGGAGAAGGGGAGGGCUGUGAAGUCACCACGCACCCCCCCUGCUGCAGGAGACGAGGCUACAGCAAGAGACAGGGUCACCCCGCGAGACAGGGUCACCCCGCGAGACAGGGUCACCCCGCGAGACAGGGUCACCCCGCGAGACAGGGUCGCCCCGCGGGACAAGGCAGUGGCAGAGAAAGGAACGGGAGCACCAACGUCCCAAGCUACUGCACCCGCCAGCUCUUGCCGCUCCCAGCCUGCCACCCCUGCACGGCCCGCCAAGGCGCCUUCUGAGACGUCCAAAAGGCAUGCCGUGACACCCUCUGGAACGACCAGCAGGCAUGCCGUGGCCCCUUCCGAGACGUCCCAACGGCGUGCCGUGACGCCAGGAGCCGUGGAGGGGAGGGGGGGUGGCCUGGUGCCAAAGCAGCGCAGUGAAUCCCCCCAGCACCCCCAGUCAAGAACCCCUCGCUCAGAGGCUCCUCAGAAGCCCCGCAGCACUUCCCCCCAGCCCUCACCCUCCCAGCCCCCCCGGUCAAGAACCCCUCGCUCUGAGACGCCUCAGAAGCACCGCAGCGCUUCCCCUCAACCCUCAUCGCCACAAGUCGCUCCCUUGCCUUCGCCCUCUCACCUUCCCUCGCUCUCCCCAACCCCCUCCUCCAGCCGCCUUCCCCCGCUUGUCGGCCAAAAAGGCCACUCCCGCUCUCUGUCCUUCUCUGUAGGCACGCAACCAACCCCCCAGCUGUUUCAAGCGAGUCUUUACCCAAACCAACUAAGCCUGUAUCCCAACCAAUACAGCCCGGAUAUCCACCCUGGCCACUUGGGUCUUUACCCAAGCCAGUUCACUCCUUUCCCUGGUCACUAUGCUCCUUCACCUGCAACAGGGGCUGUUCUUUCCUCCACACACCAAGCACCAAGGCUCUCCGGCCCUUUGGGUCAGCCAAGCCUUCCCCAGUCGAGCCCCUUUCAGAGCCCUCAGACUCCCCCUCCAUUUCAUGGCCCAGCGGCCUCAGGAAGCAAGCAGCAGGGGUCCGUUGCUCCGAGGGUGGGGGGAGGAGGGGUGGGAGGAGAGAGGGCGGCAGGUGGGAGGGCGGUUAGGUCUAGGAGCGUUGAGGAGAUGGGGAGUGUGGUUGUAGGGGGUGUGAGGGACGUGGGUUCGAAUCCUGGUGCUGCCAUUUCUGGUGCUAAUAGUGGUGGUGGUUAUGGCGGUGGCAGUGGCGGUGGCAGUGGUGAUGGCAGUGGUGGUGGUGACGAUAGGGGGCAAGGGAGAGGAGGAGGGGGAGGGGGUGCGGGGGACAGGGGUGCUGUGAGGCGGGGAAGGGGGGUGCCUGGGAGCAGGAGUCUUGAUUGGGAUGUAGUGAUGCGAGAGAGGGAGGAGAGAGAGAGGAGGGAGCAGAGACAGAGGAGAGAGGGGAGGGAGGGGAAGAGUGAGGGGAGGGACGAGAAGGGAGACGGGGAGAGGAAGGAGGAGAGUAUGCGGAGGAGGAGCGAGAGGCAUUCUCUAGGUGCAGCUGACGUGGAGAGAUGGUUGGAUGAUGCUGCUGAAGGGGUGGGGGUAGAGGAGACACCAGCAGCAGUGGAGGAUGACAUGUAUCCUCGUUUAGAGCAGAUUCCGUACAGCUUUGAAGCGCUGCAAAGCUGCUCUGGGCGGCAUGAAACGAUCAGGGGCUAUCCGGGUGCUGUUUCACCAGGUGUCAUGCUGCCAUUGGUCAUGAGCCCAGGAGGAAAUACUUUUGAGUUCGGUGUGUAUGAUGGUGGGGGUGUGCAUGAUGGGGGUAUGUAUGGUGGGGUUAUGCAUGGAGGGUGUGAACAGGACAUGUACAAUAAUGACAUGGCUCCGGGGACGGUUGACAGUAUGGGGGGGAUGGGCGACGGUACCGGGGGGGUGGGUGACCGCGUGGGCGAUUGUAUGGGUGACAAUACCGGCGAUCACGGUAUAGGGGGGAUGCGCGACGGUUUGAGUUUUGGUGGUGGAGAAGGUGUGUGGCUGCACACAAACAACCAUGGGGAGCAGCAACAACAGCUACAGCAACAGCUGCAGCAGCAGCGGCAGCAGCAGCAACAACAACGGCAGCAGCUGCCGCAGCAACAGCAGCAGCGGCAGCAGCUGCCCAAGUCUCCCCAGUACCAAUCCACGUCUUUUACUAUUUCCUCCCCUUAUUUGCCUGUCGAAGGCAGGUGUUUUUCAGCAUCAACCACACCCACCUACAGUGCAGCAGCAACACGGGCACUGAUGGCUGGAACAGCUUCUCAUGCACCUCCCCCUUCCCCUGUCCUCCAUACAAGCUACCUCGAUUCUCCCUACCUGUCUCCAUCGCACCAUGCUGCACAGCUGCAGCCAACAUACAACGAUGCAUCGAAUGAGGAUACGCCAUAUCAUGAUACACCAGGCCGCGAUAGGUCAUCCCAUGACACACCAUACAGCGCCGCACAGUACAAUGACACAUCAUGCCAUGACACGUCAUGCUAUGACAUGGCGUAUCAUGUCCUUGCCAGUCCACCCACGUCAGCAACUGCCAAUGCAAUUCCACCAGUGCAUUCUGGGGCCCCUUCUGGUGGUGACUGUUCAUCCUCAGGUGAUUUUUCAAGUGGUGAUCAGCAAGUCAGGGAGGCACAGCAGCACGCAAACAGGGCUCACCAUCAGCAUUCCCGCAGCAUUGCUCUUGGGAUGAUUCAUCAGAUGGCAAUGAUGGAUGCUCCAGGCUUUGAUUUGGCAGCUCUCGAUUUAUACCAGCAGCACCACCAUCAGCAGCAGCAGCAGCAGUCACAACUCACAUGGGGGUAUGGGUUGUUGAACUAGGGCGCAGAUUUUUAUGCGUAGAGAAGUUUGAGUAUAUCCAUGUUUUCCCUUGGUUCUAUUGUGAAUACAUUUGUUGAGGGGGCGAGUCGAUUGAGCAACUAUCUCGUAGCAAAAACUGGUGACUAGCUAUGAUGUGCGCAAUUCUUCCUUUUAU